AUGGAGAGCGAUUGGUCCAAGGGUCCACAUGUUGACUUCAAAGAUGGAUAUCACCCUGCUGAUCCAAGGAGGAGCCUGCAGCAGAGACCACACUCGCCUGUAUCCAGCAGUGUGUCCAUGCAGAGUGAGUGGUCCAAGGGUCCACAUGUCGACUUUAAACAUGAACAGAGGUCUGACCUCGGGAAGAUCCUGCAGCAGAGACCACACUCUUCUGUAUUCAGCAGUGUGUCCAUGAAGAGCGAUCGGUCCAAGGGUCCACAUGUCGACUUUAAACAUGAACAGAGCCCUGAUGAUGCAAGGAAGGUCAGACAACAGCAGCAGCGCUCUCCUGUAUCUAGCAGUGUGUCCAUGCAGAGCGAGCGGUCCAAGGGUCCACAUGUUGACUUUAAACAUGAACAGAAGUCUGACCAAGGGAAGAUCAGACAACAGCAGCAGCACUCUCCUGUAUCCAGCAGUGUGUCCAUGCAGAGCGAGCGGUCCAAGGGUCCACAUGUUGACUUUAAACAUGAACAGAGGCCUGAUGAUCCGGGGCUACAUGCAUUAAUAUUUCUGUUCCAGAAACUCGAGAAGAGCAUCAUCAGUUUUGUGAAGGAUGAGCUAAAAAAAUUUCAGAGGAUUCUGAGCCCAGAUGACUCAGUGGGAUUGGAGAGUGAGAGAGAGGAUGGUGAAGAUGUGGAGGAGAGGAGGAGCAGCAGAGAAUCAUUUCUGAAAAUCACACUUUACUUCUUGAGAAGAAUGAAAGAGAAGGAGCUGGCCGACCAUCUCCAGAGCAGAACUCAUAAUACUGUGUGUCAAUAUAAGCUGAAGUCUAGCCUAAAGACGAAGUUUGAGUGUGUGUUUGAGGGGAUCGCUAAAGCAGGAAACCCAACCCUUCUGAAUCAGAUCUACACAGAGCUCUACGUCACAGAGGGAGGGACUGCAGAGGCCAGUGAUGAACAUGAGGUCAGACAGAUUGAAACAGCAUCCAGGAAACCAGACAGACCAGAAGCAACAAUCCGACAAGAAGAUAUCUUUACAGUCCCACCUGGAAGAGAUGAACCAAUCAGAACAGUGCUGACAAAGGGAGUGGCUGGCAUUGGGAAAACAGUCCUAACACAGAAGUUCACUCUGGACUGGGCUGAAGACAAAGCCAACCAGGACAUCCAGUUCAUGUUUCCAUUCACUUUCAGAGAGCUGAAUGUGCUGAAAGAGAAAAAGUUCAGCUUGGUGGAACUUGUUCAUCACUUCUUUACUGAAAUCAAAGAAGCAGGAAUCUGCAGCUUUGAAGACUUCCAGGUUGUGUUCAUCUUUGAUGGUCUGGAUGAGUGUCGACUUCCUCUGGACUUCCACAAAACUAAAAUCAUCACUGACCCUAGAAAAUCCACCUCAGUGGAUGUGCUACUGACAAAUCUCAUCAGGGGAAAGCUGCUUCCUUUUGCUCGCCUCUGGAUAACCACAAGACCUGCAGCAGCCAAUCAGAUUCUUUCCCAGUGUGUUCACAGGGUGACAGAGGUAAGAGGGUUCACUGACCCACAGAAGGAGGAGUACUUCAGAAAGAGAUUCAGAGAUGAGGAGCAGGCCAACAGGAUUAUCUCCCACAUCAAGAAAUCACGAAGCCUCCACAUCAUGUGCCACAUCCCAGUCUUCUGCUGGAUCACUUCUACAGUUCUGGAAGAUGUGCUGAAAACCAGAGAGGGGGGACAGCUGCCCAAGACCCUGACUGAGAUGUACAUUCACUUCCUGGUAGUUCAGGCCAAAAUGAAGAAGGUCAAGUAUGACGAGGGAACUGAAACAGAUCAGCACUGGAGUCCAGAGAGCAGGAAGAUGAUCGAGUGUCUGGGAAAACUGGCUUUUGAUCAGCUGCAGAAAGGAAAUCUGAUCUUCUAUGAAUCAGACCUGACAGAGUGUGGCAUUGACAUCAGGGCAGCCUCAGUGUACUCAGGAGUGUUCACACAGAUCUUUAAAGAGGAGAGAGGACUGUACCAGAACAAGGUGUUCUGCUUUAUCCAUCUGAGUGUUCAGGAGUUUCUGGCUGCUCUUCAUGUCCAUCUUACAUUCAGCAACUCUGGGGUCAACAUGCUGGAAGAUCAAAUGGCUUCUAAGAAGCCUAAGGUCUUUAAAAACAAAUCUAGUCUAAAACUCCUUCAUCAGAUUGCUGUGGACAAGGCCUUACAGAGUCCAAAUGGACACCUGGACUUGUUCCUCCGCUUCCUCCUUGGGCUAUCACUGCUGAACAGUCAGAAUCUCUUAAGAGGACUCCAGAAAACAGUAGGUUCAGAGUGCAAUCAGAAAACAGCCAAGUAUAUAAAGAAAAAGAUCAGCGAUAAUGAGGCUACUGAGCAAAACAUCAAUCUGUUCCACUGUCUGAAUGAACUGAAUGAUUGUUCUCUAGUGGAGGAGAUUCAACAGUUCCUGAGUUCAGGAAGUCUCUCUACAGAUAAAUUGUCUUCUGCUCAGUGGUCAGCUCUGGUCUUCAUCUUACUGUCAUCAGAUGAAGAUCUGGACAUAUUUGACUUGAAGAAAUACUCUGCUUCAGAAGAGGCUCUUCUAAGGCUACUCCCAGUGGUCAAAGCCUCCAACAGAGCUCUGCUAGGUGGUUGUCACCUGUCAGGGGGAAGCUGGAAAGAUCUUUCCUCAAUUCUCCAAUUUUCUAGUCUGAAAGAGCUGGACCUGAGUAACAAUGACCUGCAAGAUUCAGGAAUGCUGCAGCUAUCUGUGGGACUGAAGAGUGCACACUGUAAACUGCAAAUUCUCAGGAUGGCUGUGUGCAAACUGUCGUGGAGAAGCAGUGAAGCCCUGUCCACAGUUCUCUGCUCUGAGUCCUGUAGCCUGAGAGAGCUGGAUCUGAGUAACAAUGACUUGCAGGAUUCUGGCGUAAGAGGGUUGUUAGCUGGACUGGAGAGCCCACACUGUAAACUUGAAACUCUUAGCCUCUCAGGUUGUCUAAUCAGAUAUGACGGCUGUGCUUCUCUGGCUGCAGCUCUGAGAUCUAACCCCUCCCAUCUUAGAAAGCUAGACCUAAGCUACAAUCAUCCAGGAGAUUCAGGGGUGGGACUGCUGUCCACUGGAUUGAAAAAUCCACUCUGGAGACUGGACAUUCUGAAGGUGGAAAACUGUGGAGAGCAAACGUUAAAACCCGGUCUGAGAAAAUAUGCCUGUGAACUUACACUGGACAGAAACACAGCACACAGAAAGCUGAAACUUUCUGAAAACGACAGAAAAGUAAUGCUGGUAGGAGAGAAGGAGCAGACUUAUCCCAAUCACCCAGACAGAUUUGACCGUAGGGAGCAGCUGUUGUGCAGUAAUCGCCUGACUGGUCGCUGUUACUGGGAGGUGGAGUGGAGAGGAGAAGUUGACAUAGCCGUAAGUUACAGAGGAAUAAAACGGAAAGGAAACAGUGAAGACUGCAAGUUUGGAAUGAAUGAUCAGUCGUGGUGUCUGCGAUGCUCUGAUGGUGGCUUCUCCGUCUGCCAUGAUAACAAAAUCAGAUCAGUCCAUCCCUCUUCGGUCUCUAACAGAGUAGCAGUGUAUGUGGAUUAUCCUGCUGGCACUCUGUCCUUCUACAGAGUCUCCUCUGACAAACUGAUCCAAAUCCACACCUUCGAAACCACAUUCACUGAACCUCUGUAUGCUGGGUUUGGUUUUGUGUUUGGGUUGGGCGUCGAGUCUUUGAUGCUGUCAAUUGACUCCUCUGUGUCUCUGUGUUCAGUAUAG